GAGGAAUUUGAGGCAGACAGAAUGAGUUAUCAAGGACCACAUAGCCAAUAAGUAUCUGAGGAUGGAUUUGAACUCAGAUCUUUCUGACUCCAGGUCCAGGUCUCUUCACUGCACCAUUGGGUACAGCACAUGGAAAAUACCAUAUGAUAAGAAAUUACUGAGCAGGUGAGUCUAAGACCCAGAGAUAAGAGCGCAAAAGUGGCAGAUAAUGCAAACCAUCGUUGGCAAAGAAUCUUAUCUGUAAUUGUCCCAAGAAGUGAUCAUUCUGUUUUUGCUUGAAGAUCUUUAGUGAGGGAGAACUAGCUGUUUCCCAGGCUGCCCAUUUCACAUUUGUAUUCCACUUUGUAACUUGUAUGCAUUGUUCCUUGUUUAUUUUCCUGAGACCAAAUCCCCAAUUCAUGAAAACCUAUAUGAGUUAAGGUUUAUUUCUCCACUUUCUUUGGUAUGGCUUUUUAUUUCCUUAUCUUGACUGUCUGAAAACUGACGGAAUUGUCAUUGUUAAAGGGGGAAAAGGUUCCUAAAGGAACAGUUAAAUAAAGUUAUUGUGUUGGUUUACUGUACCUUUCACUUUCCUCUUUCAUUUGUGUACCUUAUUAACCUUGUUUCUAGACUAAGAAUAAACCAAUUACAGCCUGAGGGUCAAAUCUGGUCUGCCCGCCUGUUUUUAUAUGAUCUGAGUUAAGAGAGAUUGAGUAGAGUCCAGUUGUAGAGGGCUUUCAUGAUUACAUUGGAUUCAGAUUUCAGUUUUUUAAAGGAGAAAGUCUUUAUUGCUUUUGCAACUAUAUAGUCUAUUUUUUAAACUGUCAUCUAAAUAUACUUUAAUAAUAUAAUUUCUUCCUUGCCUCCUGAACGAUAAAUGGGCAACAACAGUUAUUGUAUUUUUAUUGUGGUAGAGAAUAGAUGGAGACAUAGAUGAAAAAAUACUAAUGUCUCAAGAUUUAGAUUUGAAUGCUCUGGACCCCCAUUCAACUCUUUAGACUAGACUAGAUAGAGACACCCAGAGGUGACUGAUUGACUGUUCCAUGUUCAUGGUCGCCCUGCCUACUGCCUACUGAAAACGAGCAAAAGAGUGGUCAGGAUUCUAGAAUGAUGGGAAUGUUAAGGGACUAGCAGUGGUUGACUAUGAGUGGUACUGCAGUCAUAGUUGUCAGUUGGUAUACAAGAGGUGGACAUUUUAGGUGCUAUAAUGUACCAUUCUACUUUCUGGCAAAUAUGUAUCUCUUAGCUAGAAUUUUCAAGAAUGUGUCAGUGAUGUAACAAUGAUUAUUGUAGUUGAAGCAGUAAAUGCGGCUAUUGGGAUGCCUACUGUCCUUGGCAUAUAGGUAUGGCUAGUUUGACUGUUUAAACAUGCCCAGAGAUUGCCAGCCAUGUCAUGUUAGUAUUGAAGAAACCACUCACCACCAGCUCCUCUGACCCUCCAGGGUGUAGUGGGAUAGCACUCUUCAGGUCCAUGACACAAAAUGACCCUCACAGUGAAGAUUCUCAUUCUUAAACAAGAAAACCAAACCAGAGGUUGUGAUGAACAUGCCACUGAAUCAGAUCUCUGUCAUUCCAGCUCGAGAUGCUACCUCUAUCAGGGUCUCCAGGAGUAAGACCAAAGAAAAAGAUAGGGAAGAGCAGAAUGAGAAGACUUUGAGGCAUUCCAUGAGUUGUUCAAGUCACAUUUCUAAGGCUGGAAGUCCAACCUGUGCAGCAGCUCUCCAUGGCUUCUCUCGCACGUCUGUUACCCCGUCUAACCAAGACAUCUGCAGUUCCAGUGCAGUGUUUUCUGAAUGUUGUCAUCACAGUCCCGUGCAGUCAGCUGUUGUCUUGAAAUCUGCUCUCUGCCAGAGUUCUCUGACACAAGGGGUCACUGUGACAGUGAUCUGUAAAGACACAUUUCAGGCCUCAAAGAAAAACCCCUAUGGUCCAGAAUGGAUCCAGGCCUUUAAGCCUCCUAAGAAUACCAAAGCCAGAAGAACUCUCAAGUUCUCCAAGUCCCUCAAUGAUGUGGUUGAAAAGGCCCAGAAUACUAUGGAGAAUUUUGACUGUGUAGAAAGAACUUAUUCUGAAGGAAAAUUAGCACCACCUCAAGACCAGUGCCUCAGGAUGAACAAAUUUCACCAUAAGGAAAAACAGAUUCUCAAUCUGAAGCCUCUUGUAUUUGGCAAUUAUAAACACUCACAUGUUUCAUCAUUCUCUGCCAAUCAUUCAAGCACCUUUGGAAUAGGAGCCAACCAAGGGAGUUUCAACAUCCCCUCCCUUGAAGAGAAAGCAGAUAAUGAGGCAGCCUUGAAAAGCAAACGAUUGCUCUGUUACCUCUUUUCCUUCUCUCACAGUUCAAGCACCAGCAGUUUGCACAAGUUCCAUGAGCUGGAAAGCGGCUCUGCUGGUUUACUAGCAGCUAAAUCUUCCAGUGUGUUGGUGGGGAGCACAGGCUUCUGCUCAGAUGAUAUGGGGGAUGAUGAUGUCUUUGAGGACAGUGUAUCCUCCAAGCUGAAAAACAAAGAGAUACGGGCACCCCUCUGCUCCACUGAGAAAGAUAGUGACCUGGAUUGCCCUUCUCCCCUCUCUGAAAAGUUUACCCCUUUAUCCCCUGUGUCAACAUCAGGAGAUACAUGCAGGAUAUGUCACUGUGAAGGAGACGAUGAGAAUCCUCUUAUUACACCCUGUCACUGCACAGGAAGUCUUCAUUUCGUCCACCAAGCCUGCCUACAACAGUGGAUCAAGAGUUCGGACACACGAUGCUGUGAACUCUGCAAAUAUGAGUUCAUAAUGGAGACCAAAUUAAAGCCUUUGAGAAAAUGGGAAAAGUUGCAGAUGACAUCCAGUGAACGGAGGAAGAUCAUGUGCUCUGUAACAUUCCAUGUCAUUGCAAUCACGUGUGUGGUGUGGUCCUUGUAUGUUCUUAUAGACCGGACUGCUGAUGAAAUUAAGCAGGGACAGACAACUGGGAUCCUGGAAUGGCCCUUUUGGACUAAACUGGUCGUCGUGGCCAUAGGCUUCACUGGUGGACUUCUCUUUAUGUAUGUACAGUGCAAAGUAUACGUACAAUUAUGGAAGAGACUUAAGGCUUAUAACAGAGUGAUCUACGUCCAGAAUUGUCCAGAAACGAGUAAAAAGAAUAUCUAUGAAAAACCUGCACUAACAGAGCCAAAUUUUGAAAGUAAAGAUGGGCGGCAUGGGGCCUGUCAUUCUGAUACAAACUCUUCCCGUUACACAGAGCCUGAAGACCAUGGAGCAGAAAUUCUUCAAGUCUGAUAAGGGAAAUCUCUUAAGAAGGGGCUGUUUAUUUUUUCCCAGAUAUUCAUGAAGAGCUGAGAUAACACUGUUUACUACAAACUGUAUACCUUUAAAAAAAAAAAAAAAAUCAGCCAACAGCUUAGACUGGGCAAUUGAAUUUUUUAUUACGUUCUGUUUUUCUAAAUCAUCUUUGACAUAUUUUUUAAUAUGUUAUCAUGGUGGCAUACCUCUUAAGUUGAGUAUCAGGUGUGCUCUAUGAGAAGAAAUGACAAAAUGUAGGUGACUGAUGCUACUGAUAGAGAGCCGCUUUGCUGACUUAUUUAUGGUCAGCCAAGGUGUAAUACUUGAAAGAUAAAUAGAAGGAAAGCAAAAUACAGAAUAUCUAUGAUUGGCCACACCAUGAAGCCUGAAUUGGAUUUUCCAAAGAGUCCUUUUUUUCACUUUAACAUCAGCUACCCCUAAGAACACUGGGAAAAAGCCAACUGUCGUAAAAUGUCUCUAUUACCCAAGGAGAGCCUGAGAGAGAUGAACUAGAAGACCUUAAAUCUGGACUUGGAGCCUCUGCUAUAUCUGCCAUUAACAUCUCUGUUGGGUGGUCAGGUUACAGUCAUGCUUUGCAUGUAAAGAUGAGUGACUCACAAAGCAAACAGCACUUUUAAAAAUCUUUAUUUUGUAAUAUGUGUGUCCAAUUGCAUUGAAACUUGAAAGAAUGUCUCAUUUCAAAAUAGUCCUUUCAAUACACUUGGCCCUUUCCUAUAGGCCCUACAGACCUUUUUGCCUUAUGAAAUCUAAAAUGUUUGUGAUCUCCAAUACAUCCCCACAGAAUCUUUGUGACCAUAGUGGGAACAAACCCUAACAUGGAGUUAUCACAUCCAAAAAUUCAUGGAAAUUCAUGGAUAUAAGAUGUUUAUUUGAAAAUAUGAUUCUUAUGGGUUAAAUCUUAUUUUUAUCAAGAUCAUAUAUGUCAGUUGUACCCGUGUACUUUUAAUAUAUCUGGUCUUAGCCACAGAAAUGAAAGGUUGUAUGUUGUGACCUUACAGGAGGGCAAGGGAGUAAAUGAUCAGAAAUUAGUUGAUUUUUCUUUUGAUGCUGAUUUGUAUCCAGAUUUCUUCAAUUUGUGCUGCUGUGAAGAAUGAAUUAAGAAGUAAAUGUUUAUUAUGCGAGUGUGCAUAUGUAGGUUUUAGCAGGUACAGUGAAAAGAUCUGAUGAAAACUAUAUUAACCUGAUUACUAAGUUUAUAAAAGAGGAAAGUUUGGGGGCCUUUGUGGAUGUGGUAGAUAAGGGAAGAGUCUGGUUCAGGACUCUUCAAAAGGCCAUUUAAGCAAUAGGCCUUCUCCCUGAAAUGGAAAAUGUUGAAAGCAUGAUGUCAGAAUGACUAACCCUGCCACACAUGGACUGAACUGGCACCAGGAAGUGAACCAUUUUGAGAUAAAUUGACUUUAGAUGAAUUAUUCUUAUGGGAAUUGUCCAUGUUCAGACAUUACCAUAACUAAAUUGAAUCAAAGAAAACAAUUAAAUCAAUUAUAAUCAGUAGAGGAUACAGCCUUUUCCUACUCCCUACCCUCCUUUUGUUUUUUAAAGAGAAAAAAAAAUGUAACCUAGAGUAAACGUGGUUGUUUAGAAAACUUUCUUUUGAAAUCCAGCUUUUCAAAAAAUUUCUCAUGUAGUUUGAGUUGAGAAGGAUGGCAGAUCGAACAGAAAGCUCCCAAAGUGCAGCUGAAGUCUUUUUAAAAAGCACAUUCCCCUAUCUUCUUUGGACCUUCGAAUGGGGAAGAAAUGAUUUUCUUGCCAUCCAAGAGAGGAAGAAGUCAAAGGACCUUCGAGUUCCCAGUGUGACCCACUGGGUGGGUGAUCACAUUACCCUUUGAAUGCUGCUGCCAGCUUCACAAACCUCCCGCUGAUUUGUCUGAUAGAGAUUCUUUUCUGGCCUGACAGUGACUCUUGUGGUCCCUCCCAUUCCUUUGUGGUGAAAGCAGGUGAAACUCCCAGGCCAGUCACAGUCUAUGCUUGGGUAGACUCUGUUCAAAAGUGCCCUUACUCCUGCCCCUUCAUCAGGUCUGACCUGGGAACAAAAUGAUUUAAAGGGUGUCCGCUCAGGUAUAUCAAAUAACAAGUCUGCCAGACCUUUUGAACUGCAGGUGACUUCUUUCUACCACUUCUCACAAUAAACCCUUUAAAAAAAAAAUAAAAUUGGUGUGACCGGCCCACUCUUGUGUUAGCACUUUCUAAGAGUUGUGGCCUGUGAACUUUCUUCCUCUCAAGUCCCUUGAGCAAAUGUGGGUAAACUAGACACAAAUCAGAUGUUCUCUACAGAAGUAGGUGACCCAGGAAAGUAUGAUAGGCUGCUUUAAUCCCAUAAUCUCUUAUUUUUGAGACAAGGGAUUUCUUUAUAAAUCUGACCCUUGAUGUGAACCAGGGCUGGAAUUAGUGUGGAUAGUGUGACAAGAUAUCAACUUUAUCUUUUCACAGGCUAACUGUGAACUGUCCUCUAAAUUUGAUGUAGGUCCCUCCCCCAAAAAAGGACUUUGCCGGUAAAAAACAAAAAUGCAUCCUACUUCCUUAAUUCUUCUACUGAAAUGAUACAAGAUUGUCCUAUUUUAUCUUUUACUGUAAAAGGAAUCUGAUACUGAUCACCCCUAAUCCCAUUACUGAUCAUUUCUGAAGUUUCUGCUUGUUUACAGGGCUCUGAGUAAAAAGGAAAGUUGACUUGCCAUGAUAGCAUCUCAUGAAAGCAAAGAUGAAUAUUUUCUCAACUCUGCAUUUAUUUACCAGAAAUGUGUUUUCCUAAUUUUGUUAUAUUGAUUGGGUAGAACUAUUGCUCUGUCCUUGCCCCUUCCCACAUCACACCAGACUUUAGUGAUAAGAUUUACACAUCAAAUAUAUUUCCAUAAAUGAUCCUCAAAACUGGCUUCAGCCCACAGACAGUAAUGAACUCUUUAAUUUGUAUUUGGGACAUUGACUGAACUGAGAAGUGAACAGAGAACCAGGCUCCAACCAAUCAGCCAGAGAGAGUUGUAGUUUGCUCACCAGAUUGCUACGGAUCCUGAUCUUCAGGUGUGUACGUAUAGCCUUUGUUUGUGUGUCUACCCCUGCUUACAGAUCAUAUAUAUGUUAAGUCACUUAAUGCAUUAAAAUCUUUUGACUACUUAGCAAAAGCUUUAGAAAAGGUGAAGAAUGAUUGGACAAAAACAGGGACCAUUAAUUCCUCCCUCCUGUUGGUUCUGAUCCCUACAUCCCUCAUCCCCAGCUUCCUUGGUUUAUAUCUUAGAGAUGCUCACAGCAGCAACUAUUAUUAGUUUGUUGUAGGCAGCAGAGUCACCAGGGAGCAUCUUAAACUGUUUCCACUAAAUUCUCUUCAAAUGUGCUGCCAGCCCCUGCCCCAAUUGUUUGGCUCAGCCAGGAAGUCUCACUUAAUUCCUUCAUUUUUUUACGUCUUUGGAAUCAGUAGUGGUAGAGGGAGGUGGUCAGGAAGUUGGAAACAGCCCUUGUUGGAGUCCUGAAUUUGGUUGUCCAAGAAGGUUCAAGAGCAAAUAUGCUUUACUUAUUUUUUGAUUGGGUGAUAUUAUCCCAUAUAGACAAACAUUUGGCCAAAGUUUUCUCCUGUGAAUUUAGUUUGAAAUGUGCUACGUCUGGGGAGACAAAGGAAGAAUCUAGUUCCCCAAUAGCACUUAACUUUGUUCAGGAAAUAAUUGCCCAAGUUUUAUAGCUGAUCUGACUCUUAGGUGCAACAUUUGUAGAUAACUUGUAUCCUGUUAAUAAAAUCGAUGUACAUUGGCAUGGGACCUGUAGUUUAUAAAAGACAUUUGACAGUCGGCAAUUUUUUAGUUCUUUAGGAAAUUUCUAGUAAUUUAAAUGUAUAGUUUUGUAACCUUUUAUGUAUGUUAAUCUUUUCUCAGUAUUACUACUUGGAGAGUUCUUAGUUUCUUAAACUGUAAUUGGUUAUUUGUGCUGUGAUACACAGGUUUGUUGACUGCAGCAAUAAAAUAUUUCUAUGAAA